AUGCGUACGGCAUGUCUUAGGGCUGCUAGCACUGCUAGCAGGCUCACACGAUCGACAUGUGUAGCCCAGCUAUCGCGUCCGCAGCUCGCAGGUAGCUCUUCGCGCGCGAUUGCAUACCAAACCCUGCGAACUUUCCAAAAGCGCGGGUUCCAGCAGAACGCUACAAAUGCGCAACAGGCGGCCGCAGCCGUCGAAGCCGCAGAAGAUGUAUUCGACACCCCGCCCCAGCAGACCGACUCGGCCAAACCCUUCGAUGCGCUUGACACUUUUCCCCGCCGUCACAUUGGACCGUCUGCCGAAUCAGCGGAGGCUAUGCUCAAGGCACUGGACCCGCCUGUGAGCAGCCUAGACGAGUUUGUACGCCAGGUUAUACCUGCAGAUAUCCUGUCUGCACGAGAGUUGAAGAUUGGGAAACUGUCACAGAAUCAUGCAGAGACAUGGCAGAGCAAUGGUGUGCCGGAAUCGGCCUUCCUCAACAACGCGAAGAGAAUCAUGGACCAGAACAGGCCGGGCAAGAGUCUGAUCGGACAGGGUUACUAUGGCACCAAGGUGCCGGAGGUCAUCAAGAGGAAUGUCCUCGAGAACCCCGCAUGGUACACUAGCUAUACCCCAUACCAGCCAGAGAUCAGCCAGGGACGUUUGGAGUCACUGCUGAACUUCCAGACUAUGGUGUCGGACCUCACUGGUCUGAGCAUUGCGAAUGCGUCGGUGCUGGAUGAGCCUACUGCGGCGGCCGAGGCUAUGACCAUGUCCAUGGGCAUGAUGCCAUUAUCCAAGCAAAAGAGCAAGAACAAGACUUUCCUUGUGUCAGAGAGGUGUCACCCGCAGACUCUCGCUGUUCUGUACUCUCGCGCCGAGGGCUUUGGAAUCAAGAUCGAGGUCGCCGACGUGCUCAAGGACAACAGCAAGAGGGUGGAGGAACUAGGCCAAGAUCUCGUCGGUGUGCUCGCUCAGUACCCAGACACUGAUGGAGGUGUCAGCGACUUCCGCGGACUGGCUGAGAAGGUGCACAAGACUGGUGCUCUCUUCAGCGUUGCGACCGACCUCCUUGCCCUUACGCUGCUCACUCCACCAGGAGAGUUCGGUGCCGACAUCGCUUUUGGAAACGCACAACGAUUUGGUGUGCCUUUGGGCUUCGGUGGACCACACGCGGCCUUCUUUGCUUGCGACGAGAAGUACAAGCGAAAGAUUCCUGGUCGCCUGAUCGGUCUGUCAAAGGACAGGCUCGGUAACCCUGCAGCACGACUUGCGCUGCAGACUCGUGAGCAACACAUUCGCCGUGAGAAGGCUACCAGCAACAUUUGUACAGCACAGGCUCUACUGGCAAACAUGAGCGCCAUGUAUGCUGUAUAUCACGGACCGAAUGGCUUGAAAGCGAUCGCCAAGCAGGUAGUUGCAAAGGCUCGCAUGGUCCAACGAGCACUUAUCGACAACGGCUUCAGAACUGGCCAGCGUGGAAAGUUGGACAACUCGCCUGUUCUAUUCGACACGAUAGUGGUUGAGACAGGUAACAAGACCGACCAAAUCAUCGCCGAGCUUGAGAAGAAGCAAGUACUCGUGCGAAGCAUUGACGGCCAGCAUAUUGGCAUCUCUGUCGACGAAACCACGAGCACACAAAUUGUCGUCGAUUUAUUGAGCGUAUUCAAGAAGCAGGGAAACGGCGCUGAGGCUUCCUUCGCCGAAUCUGUCGAUAUUGAGCUCCCUGCACCGUUCAAGAGGACUAGCGAGUUCAUGACCCACCCUGUCUUCAAUUCGCACCACUCCGAGACGGAGCUUCUGCGAUACAUCAACCACUUGUCUUCGAAGGAUCUGUCUCUUGUUCACUCGAUGAUUCCUCUGGGUUCUUGCACGAUGAAGCUUAACUCUACCGCUGAGAUGGCACCUGUAUCGUUCGAUACCGUAUCCAACCUACAUCCCUUCCUGCCUCUAGAGCGAGCUAAGGGAUAUACCGAGAUGAUUAAGCAGCUCGAAGACGACUUGGCUGACAUCACCGGCUUCCACUCUGUUUCGCUACAACCCAACUCUGGUGCCCAGGGCGAGUUCACUGGUCUCCGUGUCAUUCGCAAGUACCUUGAGCAGCAGCCGGGCAAAAAGCGCGAUAUCUGCUUGAUUCCUGUUUCGGCUCAUGGUACCAACCCUGCUAGUGCUGCCAUGUGCGGUAUGCGCGUUGUACCCAUCAAGUGUGACCAAGCGACCGGUAACCUGGACAUGGCAGACUUGAAGGCCAAGUGCGAGAAGCACAGCGAUGAGCUCGGUGCUUUCAUGGUCACCUACCCCAGCACUUUUGGUGUCUUCGAGCCAAGCGUCAAGGCUGCUUGCGACCUGAUCCAUCAGCACGGCGGACAAGUCUAUAUGGAUGGUGCUAACAUGAACGCGCAGAUCGGUCUCUGCUCACCAGGCGAGAUCGGUGCCGAUGUCUGCCAUCUUAACCUCCACAAGACCUUCUGCAUUCCGCACGGUGGUGGUGGACCCGGUGUAGGACCCAUUGGUGUCAAGGAGCACCUCUCCCCCUUCCUUCCCGGCCAUCUCCGUGGCGAGACCGGUGGAGCUCAAGCCAUCCACCCUGUCAGCGGUGCACCCUGGGGAAGCGCAAGCAUCCUACCCAUCAGCUGGGCUUACAUUAAGAUGAUGGGCGCCAUCGGGCUCACCCAAGCCACCAAGAUCACCCUCCUCAAUGCCAACUACAUCCUCUCCCGCCUCAAGCCUCAUUACCCCAUUCUCUACACCAACGACGAAGGUCGCUGCGCCCACGAAUUCAUCCUUGACGUCCGCGGCUUCAAAGACAGCGCUGGCAUCGAAGCCAUCGACAUCGCCAAGCGUCUCCAAGAUUAUGGAUUCCACGCCCCGACCAUGAGCUGGCCUGUCGCCAACACACUCAUGAUUGAGCCUACUGAGUCGGAGAGCAAAGCAGAGCUAGAUCGUUUCUGCGACGCAUUGAUCAGCAUUAGGAAGGAGAUCAAGGAGGUUGAGGAAGGACAACAGUCCAAGGAGGGCAAUGUGCUUAAGAUGAGCCCGCAUACACAGCAAGAUCUUAUUACUGGAGAGUGGGACAGGAGCUAUAGUCGCGAGAAGGCGGCGUAUCCUCUGAGCUAUUUGAGGGCGAAGAAGUUCUGGCCCAGUGUCGCGAGGUUGGAUGAUGCGUACGGUGAUACAAACCUCUUCUGCACAUGCGCGCCGGUUGAGGGCGAGGACAGCGACAUCACCGGUGCUGCGGCGCCUAACCCGACCUAA